GAUUGCUUUGCCUGGUCACAGUACAAGGCAAGCCUCUUCUACAUCUUCAAGCUUGCGGUCCAUUACAAGAUGUCAUUAACGGUAUCUGAAAUGAUGUCGGAGCAUUGGUAUGUUGUGUAAGCGCGCGCAAUAUCUCUUUACGUUGGUCCAAUUUCACUGCCUUCGUCAAAGCUGCUACAUGCUAUCCUGAUAAAUGCUACUCCAUGGAGAAUAAUCCCUCGCAUAUUUCUGAUCCUCUUGAGGCUAGCUUAUAAAACGUUAACCGUGGUGCUGGCCUGCUGCUACCACAACAUAAUGACACACUGUCAGAUCUAUCACGAAUUGGGCUAAGAGUUUUGUGUUACAAAUUACCCGCAAGUUUGGAAAUGUCUCUUCAGCAUGCCAUUCAGAUGGUAACCUCGAAGUAACGACAGUCAAAUUAGAAUCUAGGCGGACAAUUUACAAUUCCCUGGUUUUUUAACCGAAAGUUGCUUCAUCACAGAUCCCACUUCGAUGCACCAAGAAAUAAUCACUCAGACGCUGGAAGGUUGUUCAAUUAGAAUUGCCAUUAAUUAAAUCUUGCGAGUUAACAUUUUGUGGGCCCCUCGAAUGGUCUCAAUGGGGUCCGUGAUGGGCGGCGUAGCCCACGAUUGAGAGGGGAAAAUCUCCUGUGCUCCUGGUUUUAACUUUGUAUGACGUUGACGUGCCCAGAUGAACCCAAAGUGCGGGUGUGUCGCUCUGGCGCCUGUUUUGUUUUCCCCCAUCUCUUCACACAAGCAGUUCUCAGGUCGAGGGGCAACCAUGUACGACAGGGUUCAGAAUCCUUUGAGCAUGUCCCCAAUCUGACCAAUCACAUGCUGACGGGAGCAGCGCUAGAGCGCCUUCCACUUACAUGCUUUAGGUGCUUUAGGUACUUUAGAGCCUUACUCCCCUUGGACAACUUGAGGCGAAGACCAUGAUUUAAGUGCCUCCUGGAAUCCCUCGAAGAGAACCAAAAUAGGUACAUCACAACGUCUGUUAUUCCUCACCAAAGCCGAGUUUAUAAUCUCCCCAGAUCCGAACGUAACGUCAGUCUAUUUCGAGUGCCUCAUCUCUUUAAAGCUAUCUGUCCCGAACAGACAGUCACCUGUCGUCAGCUACAACGCAAUUUCAAGGUCUUCUUAUUGAGACUGACCCCACCACUUCUUCAGACCAUCAAGUUGAUAUAUCUUCAUCAGACUCAGCAACAGCAGCCUCAGCUACAACAGCUACCACACUCAUUAGUCCACCGACAUCCACAUUCCUUCAACAAAAAUCCGAAUCUUCAACUGCCACUGGUCUAUCGUCACCAGCCCCUGAGCAAUACACACCAUUUCCGGUCCUCAACAAGAGUGAACUUGACACAGAUUGGUCCUGUAUCACGAAUUCAGAAGCUCAAUCAGGCAACUCACUUGAACUAAGCAUCCACCCAGGGCAAACGUUUCCCGGUAUUGAAAAUCUUGAAUAUAAAAUUCCCAUUCAUUCAAAUUCGCUUCCGGCAACUAUGUCUACUCUUGGUAUUCAGCAUUAUGACCCACGGUUUGAUGCCGGUGUACGGCCAUCAUACACUUGGCCUCAAUUUGAGAUGAACGAACAAUUCAUCCAACAACAUGAUUUGAGCCCACAUAUGAGCCCACAUAUGAGUCCUGGGCAACUAUCACCGUACAACGAGCUUAAGCCAACACCAAUGUACGCACGAGCCAUUUCAGAUAGCCCACCACGAGCAAGUCUCACGCCUGAACAGAGAGAAUUGAAGCGUCAGCGCGACCAUGCAAGGAGAGAAACGAAGACAAGGCAAAGAAGAGAGAGGUCUCUGAGCAACCCGUACGCAUCAAACAGAACAACACCAGACAUGUUACCACGAACUCUCCCAGAUCACUAUUCAAACCCUAAUUCACUCGCUCCAACUCCACUCUUAUCACAAGGUCCUCCCAGUCAUGGCCUCCCCAGUCCAUCUUACCUCGCACCAUACUCACCACAAGUAUCGGUGACUGAUACUACACCUUCCGAUAUGUAUGGUCCAGUCUUUACAAUGGGUCCAAACGAUUAUACACCAAUCUCAGCAUAUUCAGCACCAUACUCAAUGGGAGGCCCCGAUGGUACCCUUCCCUCAUAUGCUCCUAGACCACACUCACUCUCAUCUGCCUCCGAUCAAUCUAGCCUCGGCAGUAUCUAUGUACCACACACGCACUCGCUUUCCCCUUUGACUCCCCUCUCCUCGAUAUCUCAUCCCUCGCCCCUCGAACCUCGCGAUCACGUUCGUGUCGUGCAAUCGCGACCCAAGCCUCAGUGUUGGGAUCAUGGCUGCAAUGGCCGUCAAUUCAGUACCUUCUCCAAUCUUUUACGCCACCAACGUGAAAAAUCAGGUGUAGCGAGUAAAUCUUCAUGCCCCAAUUGCGGUGCCGAGUUCACAAGAACGACUGCUAGAAAUGGCCAUAUGGCACAUGAGAAAUGUAAGCAGAGGAGAAACUCUUAAGCUAGCCCUUCUGUACGGGCUUCAUUUCUUUUCGACGCAGAGGCGCGUUUCAUUUUCAGGGGCUGUGCAACACUGGGCGUGGGUUUGAUUUAUUUGGGGGCUGCUCUUCUUCAUCAUUUACUUGAAUUGGACAUUACAUGCGACCAGACGAGAUAAGACGAGACGAAUAGGACGUCAUGAGAAAGAAUGAAUGAAUUGUAAGAAUAUCGGGUAUCGGGUCAUCUCAUAAUUUCAUCGUCACACUCAUCACCAUUAUCAUAUUCAGGUCUCUGGACUACGGGAGGAGUUAAAAUUAAAGCUGUCACUGGCCGCAUCUAUUUAUUGGGGUUUUGGUUAGGUUUCUUGUUCUGGCUGGAGAAAGAUAUCUUUCGGGUUUUAUGUAUAUGAUCAUCUACUUCAUUUCUCUACACUCUUUCAGGCACUUUUAGUUAUCCGGAUAGCGAGUCUUGUUUUUUGGGAGCGAAAAAAAUGAUUUUGGGUUGUUUUUAUUUAUAUGUUUAUGUUGUACUGGCUUUUCUGGUCUGGUCUUGUUGUCACCUGCAAUCUGCAAUGCUAUACCCCCAACUUUUCCUUGGAAGCAAUUGUCAAUCGUUUUGUUUGGAAUCAAUCAUGGGAUCAAUAUACUAGGUAUACAUUGGGUAUUUGGAUUAAAUGUAUUAUGGCUUUGGAAAUAUGAAAAAGAAUUAAGAUAUCAAAUUAUUAAGACUGGAUGGGCA